ACACAUGGAGGUGGGACGGGUCAUAACAAGGUGUUGUUGAGAUGGCGAUAGCGAGGUCAACAAGAAAUACAAAGAGAGCGCGCAUACCAAAGCUCAACUGGUUCAUUUUCGCUUCCCGUCUUAGGCGACGGGCAUUCCCCUCUCCUCGGCUACGUUCUCCCGAAGCGGGAGGAGCGCAGCAAGGCCACGAGGCAGGGCGAGUUCUCUCGAGCGGUCAGCAACGUAGGUCACCACAUUGUACACGCGUGCGUGUGUGGGCUCUGAGUGAUGCGCCGCCGGGCCUGAGCGAAGGUAACUCGGGAACGCCAGCGCUCACGUUUCACAAGUUAGGAACGGUCGGUCAGGCUACUUUGAAGGGGAGUCAGUUGGGUAGUUUAGAGCGCCGAGAACAGUGCAGCUCCAAGAUCCGCGAGGGAAACCAAACGUGGACUUCUUUACCGUGUUGCACCAUUCAUCCCUUCUCCGUCGCGGAUCGCUGUUUUUCAGUGACGAUUGACAUGGAAGACGUGGUGACGCGCACGUUCGAGCUUAGUGGCGGCGCUUUCGACCUGUCGUUCACACGUUCACUCCUGGGCAAAACAGUGAUUCGGCCGGUAGCGAGAAAGUGCUGUUGACCUCCAGAGACAAAGUGAGCCCAAGGCGGAUGAAGUAACCGGGAGUCGAGUUCUGCAGCCGCUACAAUGGUGAGUUGCACUUUAGGCCGUAAAAUGACGUUGCUCUUUCGACAAAUCAUAACGAGGCAUUUUCUGCACUUCGCUCGCGUAUGAGGUGGUUGGUAGCCGUGACCCAUGCCGGAAAAGUAAUUGACAUAGGUAGUAAGGAAAAAAAAAAGCUAAAUGAAACGUGUGGACUGUUCGUUUCUUUUCCACCAUCCGCAGCGACAUAACGAAAACGUCGCGCUGCAGACAUUAAUUGUUUCCUCCUCUUUCUAUGCAUAAAAAUUAGUCAUAGACUGUGUGCGGCGUUUCUUUCGGUCGAUGGAUAAUCAAAAUAUUUAUGCGAAAUUCGCUCACUAAAUCCUUUCGUGGCGUGGAAAGACACUGAUGGUUUUAAGAACCCCCAGCCAACCAGCGUUUGGGACUUGGUAUGUUAUAUUGAGCUAUUUUUUCUAAUAGAUUUUCUUUGUAUUUGUGUACGCAGCCUUUACUACUUUCACGUUCUAUUUACACUUCGGCUUGAGACGCAUAAGAUCGCACAGCUGAUAUUGGUAAUUAGUGCUGAUUCAGUCACUCGUGGUAUUUAUAAAUUACGUCACUUAUGAAUGAGUUCUAUCUGUUUAGUAAAACAAGUUGUUUUUACAUAGAGUGAAGAUGGUCCACCAAAGUCGUCCAAGCGGAAAAGUACCACUCUGCAUAACUUCUUCCAAGCUGUGCCCAAAAAGAUUAUCACUGAGGCAGACAUUGCAAGCAACGACUCGAAGCUCACUUUGAAGUCUGAUGGCGUGGAUGAACAACUCAAGAUUGAGGCUCUCCCGUCGCCCAUGGUCAAGAAUUUUGACGGAACUACCCCACUAGAUCCAGCCGUCCACACAGUUCGGAAUCCAGCGGCUGACUUUGGUUUGCAAUAUGACAUUGGCAACUUCGUUGGGGCGAGGCCAGACGACCACACCGUGGUUGGCUUACUCGAACACCAUUGGAUGCCACCUCAAGGUUACUCCUUCCCUUUCUCCGAACACAACAAGGGACAGACAGUCGAACGGAGGUACGUCAGAAGUGACCACCUGCUGAAAUAUCCUUGGCUGGUUGUCUCGGAUGCCAAGGCAGGUUUGUUCUGCAAAUUUUGUCCUCUUUUUGCCACCGGGCACAUUGGGGGUAAACACAAGACAGUUGCCCUUCAGGCUCUUGUAACGGAGCCUUUGAAAAAAUUCGCGAAGCUUCUGGGGAAAGAUGGAGCUUUGGAAACCCAUUCCAAAGCUAGAUAUCACAUCGAAGCAGUGGAAGCGGGCAAGGCUUUUCUGAAAGCUUGUCGCGACCCAGCAAGGGUCGUGGCAAACCAGAUCGAUACACAGCGAAUGCGGCAGGUGUCUGAAAACCGCGCGCGGCUUGUCUCGAUUGUCGACAACGUUGUGUUCUUGGCCCGGCAGAAUAUUGCCUUCCGUGGACAUCGGGAUGACGGCCCAGUGGUCACUGGGAAGAACGGCAAUGACAGUUCAGAGAAUGGAGGAAACUUCAAGGAGCUGCUGCGCUUCAGAGUGAAAUGUGGUGACCAUGCCCUCGAAAAACAUCUCUCCACAGCCACAGGAAGGAAGAUGUUCACAAGCAAAACAACUCAAAAUGCCCUUAUUGAAUGUUGCGGAGACGAAGUUCUGUCCGUGAUCUUGGCACGAGUUCGGCAGAGCAAAUAUUAUGGCAUUAUGUUCGACGAGACAACCGACGUGGCUCACAAGUCUCAGCUAUCUCUUGUUUUGAGGUAUGAACAUGAUUUAAAGAUCAGAGAAGAUUUUGUGGGUUUCUUAGAUCCUCGAGAACUCAAGCCUCAAGAUUCAAAUCAGAAUCGGAAUUCGUCCAUGUCGGACAGCGGGUCCGACGAGGAAGAGCAAGACGAAGACGACGCACUGGAGCCAACACUGACUGGUACCAAGCUCGGAAAAAUCGUGCUAAGUCUACUGAGGUCAUUGUCUCUCAACCCCAAAGGCUGUGUAGGCAUUGCAACAGACGGAUGCUCAGUAAUGACUUCCGAGCUCUGCGGUGCCAUUCAGGAAAUCCAAAAAGUAGCCGUGCAUGCAGUUCGAUGCCCCUGCUUCAACCACAGCUUGAACCUUUCUAUAUCCAAAACAUCAACUGUGCAAAGUGUCCGAAACACCACCGGGACAAUGCGGGAAGUCAUUGCGUUUUUUACGGCCUCGCCCAAGCGUAACGCCGUUUUGAAACUCCAGCUUGGCAAACAGCUGACCAAGUUAUGCGACACACGUUGGGUCGAACGUCACGACGCUGUUUUGCAGUUUAGAGAGAGCCUGGGAAGCAUCGCAAAGGCGUUGGAAACGGUUUCGCAAUGGCGAGAACCAAGCUCGGCUGCCAAGGCAAGAUCACUGCUUAUCUCAAUCCUGGAUGCCGAAUUUGUAAUUGCAACCGUAGCUCUCUACGAUGUACUCUCAGUCACGCUUCCCCUAAGUCGGCUGCUCCAAAAGCCGGAUCUGGAAAUGAACAGUGCCUCGGACAUCGUAAAAGACACGAUCGUCGUCCUGAGCGAAAAGCGGAACCCAUUAAACGUCGAGAAGACUUUCAGAGAAAUUUUCGCGCAUGCAGAAGAAAUUGCCGAGAAUAUGGGAGCGCAACUAGAUGUGCCUCGUCUAGUCCAACGACAAAUGAGCUGCGAAAAAUUGCCUCCACAGACAGCCGAGUCAUACUUCCGCGCACAUGUAUACAUUCCUCUUGUGGAAUCUGUCGUGGAAGAUCUUAAGCAGCGUUUUCCGGAAGAGGUGCUGGAGGUGUACAGCCUCAACACACUUUUGCCUCGCCAUGUGAAUGAGAAGGGAGCUGAAGCAAAGCUCAGCAUCCUGGCGGCAAAAUACGGCGUGCUCCUCGGAAUGGGGGACGUAGCUUUGCAGACCAUCAUCAGAGCCGAAUUUUCACUGUGGGCGGCGAAAUGGAGACGCGAACAAGAGAAGGGGCCUCUUCCAUCGACAGCUGUGGAGACACUUGAAGAGUCGGAGCCAGAGCUCUAUCCGAACAUCAGGACUCUGCUGCGCGUUCUCGCUACACUGCCCGUUAGUGUUGCGACGGCUGAGCGGUCUUUCUCCACCCUUCGUCGAAUUAAAACUUGGAUUCGAUCGCGGUGCGGCGAAAAGAGACUCAACGGUCUUGCCCUCCUCCACGUCCACCGAGACGUGAACGUCGACCAAGAGAAGGUGGUAGACCGCUACGCGCAGGGAGCACGACGAAGGAAGGCGAUGUUCGUGCUCUGAAGAUGAAGAACAUUUAAUUUGAUAACUUGUGUAAAUAAUUAUGUCUCUAUUUUAUCCUCCCCAAAUGUAGGUUUUUUUUUUUUCUUCAUCUCAUUAGAUAAACAUGAAUCUGUUUAAUAAAUAAGUUUAAUGUUGCUCCAUGCAAUUUGUCUAGGCACUGCGCUGAAGACCAUUUGAGCUGGCAUUUUUGUUUUUUUAUUGGUUUCACGGAUCCACAAGACCAUAAAGAAUCGAACAGAGUUUAAUUACUCCAACAAAAUGCUCACUUUUCUCAAGAACUCUGCAUUUUCGAGAGUGAGUCAAUAAAAUAACAAUGCAAUUAAGAAGGUAUUUUGAUCACGUUCGUCCAGGAUUUAGAAAGUCUCCAUAUUAUUCGGCCGUCUUACAUUUGUCUUGCUAACAAAUCCUUUCCUCUCCGGUCUUUGUGGUGUUUUUUUUUGUUGUUUUUUUUUUUGUCUAAAUUGAUGUAUCUUGUUUGAUCGAGUCCCUGCACAAACUCUUUCACACCGGGUGCCUCAAUUGCCCGUGUUGCUUAAAUGGUUUAGACAAAGAAUUUAGAACCAUGCAUACGUAUGUCUUUCUCUAUCUCUAUUUUUGUUUUUUACCACUUAUAGUGCUAACCUUUGAACCACUGAAGCAACAGGUGCGGGUUUAUAUAAAAGAACAAGAAACUAAUACAAAUUUGGUGGGAAUUUUUAGGCUGUAACAAACGCUAAAACACGAUUAAUAGUUGCUUUUUGUAGGUGCCUCAAAAAUCGCUAGCCCGCGAGCAAAAAAAAAAAAAAUCCUCACCGCCCCCCCC